UCCGCCUCACGGUGACUCUGAGCUCUGAGCUGCCACAGUCAGUCCGGCGACGGUGCCGCCCUGAAGCGGAGGGCGCACCGUUUUAUAGCGAAACGCUCCGGCUAGAGCCGCUGACAGGAGUGAUGCCGUGCCCGCCGGCGGCCCUGUUGGCGGCGGCCCUGCCGUGCGCGCUGCUGUCCCCGGUCGGCGCGGCGGCCGACCCGCGGCCGCCGAUCCCUGCCAACUCCACCUGGGAGGGCCGGCCGCAGUUCUGGCAGGUGGCGGCCGUCGACUGGUCGCCGCCGGCGGACGCCAUCUACGCGCGCCGGCCGGCCCGUGACGCCCACCACUGCGGCCACCUGUGCCUGCUGGACGGCUCCUGCGCCGCCGCCGACCUGGUGAACGGCUCGGAGGGCCUCACCUGUCGGCUGGCGUCGCGCCGCGGCGGCGGCAGCGGCGCCAAUGCCUCGGCGGUGGCCGCGCUGGUCCGGCGCGGCCGCGCCCAGCUCGGGGAGCGCUGUCUCACCGAUGGUGAGUGCUGGCAGGGUCUGGAGGGUGCCGGGUGUGUGGACGGCGUGUGUGCGUGCCCGGCGGAGGCGCUGACGGCGCGCGGUGACUGCGUCAUCAGCGACUGUACCGAGCUGACGGCGCUGGGCGUCACCACCAGCGGCCAGCACUGGGUGCGGCUGGCCGCCGGCGCCGCGCCCGUCGGCGUCUUCUGUAACAUGGAUAAGGACGGCGGCGGCUGGACCGUGUUCCAGCGGCGCCGGAACGACACCGAGCAGGUCGACUUCUACCGCUACUGGCACCACUACCGCGACGGCUUCGGCACCGUCACCGGCCAGUUCUGGCUGGGCAACGAGCUGAUCCACCGUUUGACGGCGCGCGGGCCGCACCAGCUGCGCAUCGACCUGUUCGACUUCGAGGGUAACCACCGCCUGGUGCGGUACAGCUCGUUCGCCGUGGCCGGCGAGGGCGACUGCUACCGACUCUCUGUGUCCGGCUUCUCGGGCGCCAUCGGCGACUCGCUUGGCCGCCACAACGGCCAGUGCUUCUCCACCAAGGACAGGGACAACGACCGGUACGACACGGGGUCGUGCUCCCGCAGGUUCCGCGGCGGCUGGUGGUACCAGCGCUGCCACACGGCCAACCUGAACGGCUUCUACUGGCGAGGCACCUUCACCGAGUACGCCAGUGGCGUCUCGUGGUACCACUGGCUCGGCCACCAGUACUCGCUGAAAACAACCGCCAUGCUGCUGAGGCCAGUCGACGCCGCAUCCACUACUCGGUGAAUAGGCACCACCAUCCGCGGCCACUACUCGAUGAAUAUGUACCGCCACCCACGGCCACUACUCGGUGAAAAGGCACCGCCACCCGCGGCCACCAGGUACUCGUUGAAUAGGCACCGCCACCCGCGGCCACUACUCGGUGAAUAGGCACCGCCACCCGCGGCCACCAGGUACUCGUUGAAUAGGCACCGCCACCCGCGGCCACUACUCGGUGAAUAGGCACCGCCACCCGCGGCCACCAGGUACUCGUUGAAU